UCUUCUACUCUUUUUUUUCUUUUUCUUUUUUUUUUAUAUUUUUAUUUUGUAUGACUGUCCCUCUGCAGUUUGGAUAUUUGGUAUCCCUCUCUCACUCUAUUAAUCAAAAUAUAUGGACAUUGAUUUUUUCUCCUACUUUAUAUUUUUAACAAUAUAAAUCUUAAUCAUUUUAGUUUAUAUAUUUCCAAUCUUCAUAUAUUUUGAUGUUUCUUAAUGAUUCUGGUUUUGAUCCUUUAAAAUAUUAUACAGUUUGGCUAUUUGGUAACCCUAUCUCAAUCUAUUUAUUUUUCCUUAUUUUUAUUUUUGUAUGACUACCUUGGAUUGGUUUCUGGUAAUUUUUGUUUUUGGUUUGUUAUUUGAUUGAUUUUUUUUACUGGAUCUGUGAUUUACAACUUAAAAGGUUUGAUUUUCUAAGUAUCUAAUUUACAUUUUUCUUAUUAUAUCGGGAUUUACAAGUUUCUCUUUACAUGUUUUUGUUUCUUUUCCUAUGAUUUACAAGUAUCCUUAUUUUCAUAUUAGAAUUUACAAAUUUCUUUCUUUUCAUAGUAUUUACGAGUUUCCUAAUUUACAAAUUUCAUUAUUUUCAUAUUAGGAUUUACAAGUUUCCUUAAUUUUAUAUUAAGAUUUACUUACUUGAAGUACCUCACUUUUAGGUGUUAAUAGAAUAAAAAGUCUUCCUAUGAAGGACCUAUGAAGUAAAAAAGAAUAGGUUCAACCAACCAGAUGAAGAAAUUAUAAAACUAGAAAAACUAGUAUUAUAAAACUUAAUAAUUUUCACCAAUGUACUCAAACCCAAACCCAAUCUACUCAAACAUGUUAAUUAUCUAUCUAAAAUUAUUUUGCAAAUGUGCUUAGAUGAUAUAUAUACACAAUCAGAUUGAACAAUGAACACCUAUUUACGCUAAGCUGACCAAAAAAUAUUCAACGAAAAACACUAAGUUGACCAAGAGAGCAGAGUAAACAGGAUCGAGAGUUUGUGUUUCAAUUUCUUACCACCGAAACACGACCGAGAGUUUGUCUCAGUUACUUACUGUUGGAGGGGAUGAGGACGGAACUGUAAGACGGAGGGAUUAUUUGUACAAAAGAGAGUGAGACAUCGACUGCCGAUCCUGAGAGAGUGAGUCGUGUAUCAGACAUAACCGAAAUAGGAAGAUUCUCCAGAUCUUCUUUCUCAGUUUCUCCUGAUUUUUGGCAAAAGUAGGAGGUUGGACGUGGAUCAGAUAGCCGAAAUGGAUCUUCUUUCUCCGUUUCACCCGUAUUUUAACUGCCAUUUACCCGGAGGUAGGGUGGAUCAGAUGACCGAAGUAGGAAGAUUAUCCAGAUCCAGGCCUGUUCCUCUUCAAACUAGGGAGGGGGCGUGGAUCAGAUGAACAGAAUCGGAAGAUUAUCCGCUCCAUGUCCGGUUCUCCAUAUCUUCGAAUUUUUGGCUAGGGUCGCCGGCGCCUUUCGAUUUUUGGCAAAAAAAAAAAAAAAAAAAAGAGAAAUUAACCUGAGCAAUUAAAUGGCCCACCCAAAUAUACAGACGCCAUCAAUGGAGCAAUUAAUGGCUCACCUUCUUCUCUCAUUUACUCUGCCCCCUCCCUCUUCUCUGCGUUUACCUCCUCUCUCUCUCUAUUUUCUUUCUAGCCCAUUAAGAAUAUGAAAAGCCCAGCCCAUUAAUAAUGUGAAAAACCCCAUCAAAUAUGAAAAGUCCCUAUGAAGCCCAUUAAGAAUAUGAAAAGUCCCUAUGAAGCCCAUUAAGAAUAUGAAAAGUCCCUAUGAAGCCCAUUAAGAAUAUGAAAAGUCCCUAUGAAGCCCAUUAAGAAUAUGAAAAGUCCCUAUGAUGCCCAUUAAGAAUAUGAAAAGUCCCUAUGAAGCCCAUAGGAUGGAAGCGAUAAUUUGUACCACUUGUCAUAAUUAUAUGAGAAAGAUAUCUUCUGGAGGUGGGCGAUCCGAUCAGACGGCAAUCACUGAAGUAGUUCAGCUGCUCAACUAAAUGCUAUGUACUCAUUUUCUCAUAAGAUUCUCCAGAUCUUCAAUCGUUCUCCAUUUCUCCAUCAAUGGCGGGAUUUUUGGCAACUAUUCGGCGCCUGUACCUCUCCAUCUACAAUUGGACUCUCUUCGUCGGAUGGUGUUCUACUUCUCAGUCAAGCAAUUGAAGGAAUCUGGUCACCAACAGGUAUAUAAUGCCGUCGAACGUCCUCUUCAGUUUGCUCAAACUGCAGCUGUUUUAGAGAUUCUCCAUGGCCUCGUUGGGCUUGUGAGAUCCCCUGUAACAGCAACGUUACCACAGAUAGGUUCUAGAUUGUAUUUGACUUGGGGCAUCUUAUGGAGUUUCCCUGAGGUUAGGAAUCAUGUACUUGUUUCCUCCUUGGUCAUCAGCUGGUCUAUCACAGAGAUUAUCCGGUAUUCAUUUUAUGGCAUGAAGGAGGCGUUUGGUUUUGCACCUUCAUUGCUCCUAUGGCUAAGGUAUAGCACAUUCCUCUUGCUGUAUGUAACAGGCAUCACUAGUGAAGUUGGUUUAGUCUAUCUGGCUCUUCCUUACAUGAAGGAAUCUGGGAAGUAUUCUUUUAGAAUGCCAAACAAAUGGAACUUUUCUUUCGAUUACCUCUAUGGAGCGAUGCUUAUUCUUGCAAUCUACGUGCCAGGAAGUCCACAUAUGUACCGCUACAUGCUUGUUCAGAGGUCAAAAGCUCUCUCAAAAUCCAAAAAAGAGUAGGAAAAAAUGAAGUUAAUGUUAUUCUCGGGUUCAGUUUGUCUUAAUUCAGUGUACUUUCCGCAUAUUUAUCCUUAAUUUUCAUUUUUGAUCCUUAAUUUUUAUUUUUGAUUGGCUUAGUCUUGUUAAGGACAUUUUGUUUCCUCCCUUAAUAAAUUUGUCUACUGAGACUGCUUAAUCAA